AUGGUGCAGUUUGGGGGUCAGCAGUGGGAUGGGUGCAAAGGCCAUGAGGUGAUCCGUGGCCAGGACCCAGGGAAAGGCACAGAGCAACGUGAACCCAAGAGCCAGGAGAGAGCUCAAGUGCAGAAGGCGCGAGGGCUGCUCUCUCCCAGGUCCUUGUUACCUCCAACCUUCCUGCCGAACACGACCCUCCUGGAGCUGGUGAGCAGCUCACAGCAGUUCUGGGAUAUCCUGGAUCGUGUCUCCAUGCGGGACCACGCUCCACAGCCCAGAGGACAGAGGGACUUGGGGCCAGGCUCGGGCAAGCUGAAAAAGCUUUUUGGCUGGGGCGAUUUCUACUCCAACAUCAAGACGGUGAAGCUGAACCUCUUGAUCACCGGGAAGGUGGUUGAUCACGGCAACGGCACAGUCAACGUCUUCUUCCAACACAACUCCACCGGGCAAGGGAACAUCUCCGUCAGCCUCGUGCCCCCCACCAAGGCCGUGGAGUUUGACCUGGAGCAACAGAUCUUCAUCGAGGCCAAAGAAUCCAAAGUGUUCAACUGCCGCGUGGAGUACGAGAAGGUGGAUCGCGCCAAGAAGACCACGCUCUGCACUUACGACCCAUCUAAGACCUGCUACCACGAGCACACCCAGAGUCACGUCUCCUGGGUCUGCUCGAAGCCCUUCAAAGUCAUCUGCAUCUACAUCACUUUCUACAGCAUAGACUACAGGCUGGUGGAGAAAGUGUGCCCCGACUACAACUACCACAGCGACGAUCCCUACUAUCCCUCGGGAUGA